AUGAGCCGCUUUGUGCCCAGACGUCCAGGAAUGCCCAUAUUUGCUGCCACUAAAGAGGGACGUCGCUGGCUUGUAUGCUUAAAUCACGAAUACGAACAAGUGCGUGCGUCGCUGCAGUACCUCAAGAAAGCCCAGGGGCUACGUUACGAAGGAUUCCCAACAACGGAAGAUCGCUUUUGGUAUGCUGAUGCAGUAGUUGACGCUUUGGCUGAACACGCGAAGGGAGCGGCAAACGACGAGUACAGAUUAUGGAUGGAUAUCUUUGGGAAAAGGCAGCCGGUUGAGGUAAAUGUAGAGGUUUUAAGGAUGAGCGGCGAAAUAAUCUGA